AUUCAUCGACCGCCGACACCACCACGCUAUUUGUUCAACCGCAACCACAACCCUGGAAGUACCCCAGACUCACAUACCAUCAUUCAACUGUACGACUCUGAAUUAAAUCAUGGAGGAUGCAACGCCUGUUGCGCCAUCCCCUCAAAAGCGUCCUCUUGAGGAGGAGGACCCUGAGCCUCCAGUAACACCGGUCAAAGCAAUCAGAUCAGAAGCCUCUACACCACUCUCAGUCCUCUCCCAUAUUCGAACACCAUCACCACUUAAAAGAGCCACCCCGAGCUCAACCGCACCAGAUAGCAGCAACCAUGCUCCGUCCACACAGGCCGCGGUUGCCUCGAGCAGUACACCCCAACCCGCCAAGAGACGGAAGUUGACACAGAAGGAAAAGGACGAUCAACGUCUCGAAAAGGAGGCAAAAGCAAAAGCAAAGGCAGACAAGAAAGCACAAAAGGACGCCGAGGACAAGCUCAAGGCUGAACAGAAGGCACAGAAGGAGGAGGAGAAGCGCAAGAAGAUCGAAGAACGGGACGAGAAAAAACGCCAACGAGAAGAAGAGCAGCAACAAAAGGAGGAAGAAAAGGCAAAGAAGGAGCGGGCCCAAAUGAAGCUCAAUGCUUUCUUCGUGAAGCCGAAAGUUGCGGGAGUGAAUGCAGGACAAGCUGUGGUAGAUUCGACUCAGAACCUUGUCGCACCUUCAGUAUCAUUAUCAGCGGAUGCCUCUGGAAAUAGUACUAAUUUAGGCCCGCCCUCUCCACAGAAGACCAUCGUCAAAAAUGCUCAAUCAGAUUACGAGCGAUACUUUCUCCCCUUCAACCUAGCUGCGCACGUCAUUCUGGCCCCGAAAAACGCGUUCUUAGAAGAUUCAGUCAAACUCAAGGCCGCCCAAACACGACUGGACCAGCUCAUCACACAAGAAGAUGUUCAUAUGGAGCCCAUAACGCUGGAGACUUUGAAGUCGUCCUUUCCAUCGCAACUCCGUCGAGGUUGGCCGACUGCUUCGAUCGUUGAAGUAGUCGAAUGUGCUUAUGGCUCAACCGAUCGUCCCAUCGACUUGACUGAUGGCAAGGGUGCGACUUCACGACAACCACUUGAUAUGCUGAACGACAUCCCGAUGAAGUAUAUUCACUUUGAGAAAGAUGUUCGCCCGCCAUACUAUGGGACAUACACUAGAUCAUACACGGAUGCGGACGCAGCUCGACUUGCCCGCAACCCCCUAGCUAGAUUGCGCCAAGAUACUGACUACGAUUACGAUUCCGAAGCCGAGUGGGACGAGCCUGAAGAAGGUGAAGACCUUGACUCUGAUGGUGAGGAUGACGCCGACGAAGAGGCGGAAGACGACAUGGACGGCUUCCUUGAUGAUGAGGAAGAUCCGCAACUCAAGCGGCGGCAUAUUAGUGGCGACCUUGUGCCUGUCAGCACUGGUCUGUGUUGGGAGGACGCACACAAGGUGUCCAGACUGAACGACGGAUCAGGAGCCAUCUGCACAGACUUCAAGGACUUCACGAUGGGCUUUCUACUUGGACCGCAGCUGCGCUCUAUUGAUCCCUUUUCGACGACGUACUGGACACCCGAACCUACUCCUUCCACAGCGACUAUUUCGACCCCGAGCAAAGAUAUCCCCAGUAAAGGACCCAUGAACCCACCACGAGUACCGCUGGUCCAACGUACCAUGAAUGGCCUACUUAACACUCUGAACACUCCCCAGAAUCCGUCGUCCGGCACCGCUUCCAAACCCACCAAAGCAAAACGACAGAUUCCACCUGAACAACUCCCGGCCUUCAAAGCGGAGAUCGAGGGCAAAGAUCUUACCAAGAUUGGCAUGGUCGAAGCCCUGAAGAAGAUGUUCCCAAAACUUCCCAAAGAUGCCAUCACCAAUACCUUGAGUGUAGUUGCUGCAAGGGUUGGACCUACUGAGAAAGAGAAGCGCUGGGUGUUGAUCAACAACUGAUUAUUUCUGUCCAAUUGCCGCAGUGUAUCAACGGCGUUAAGAGUGUCAGAUCUAUCUUCAUUGUACAACAUGUCUGAGCCAUAUAUUUACGAGGAUGGUAUAGUGUAAAGCAGAGCUUGUUGGUUCGACAGGCUUCAGUGGUGGGAUUUAGGUGUUAGGGUGUGGCGUGCAAAUCAUCAUCACUAUUGAGCGUUUCGUCAAGCGUUUGGUGUCCUCGGCGUUAUAUUAUAGUAUAUGGAUGGAUGUUCAAGGAAAAUCCAUCUUCUAGCGAAUGAGAUAGAGUAUAUCUACGCAAAAUACUUUCAUACUCGC